UCCCCUCCCUUCCCACUCUCUUCUCUCCCCUUUGCACCAUAAGAACCCCCUCUCUUUCUUCUUUCUUUCUCCUUCAUCAUCUUGUUCUUUCUUCCUUUCUCCUUUCUUCUUCUUCUUCUUUUCUUUCCUUUUCUCUUUUUCUUUCUUUUUACGUUUUAUUCACCUUCAUCUUCAUCAUCUUCAUCGUCUUCUUCAUCAUCAUGUUCUUCUUUUCCCUUCUCUCGUUUUCUUUUCUUUUUACGUUUUAUUAGCUAAGUUUAGAAACGAUUCCUUUGAAUCAUUGUUGUUCAUCAUCAUCAUCAUCUUCUUCUUUAUCAAUUCUUUCUUUUUACGUUUAUGCACACCGACACUGAUUUGCUCUCAGUGUCUGUGUACACUGACUAAAAUUGUAUAUGUACAUACACUUUUGUUUCUCCACAGAAACUAGUGUCUAUGUACACCGAGACUUGCAAACCAAUUUUUUUCACACCAUCACUUUUUUGUUUACACAGACAACUAAUAUCUGUGUACAUCGACAUUAGUUUCCGUGCAACCAAUCUGACAGAUCUCAAAACUAAUUUUAUUCACUCCCAUAAUUUUAUAGAAAGUGUCUUUAUUUGUACGUUUUUUGUCUAUGAAAAUGACAAAUAAAUGAAGAGAGUGUAACACAUGGUGUAAGAGAGAGGGUACACCAAGAAUUUCCCAAUGAAUAAACAGUUGAGGAUUUUCUCUGCCACAAACUCAAACUCACAAUGCUAUCUGAUAUUCUCAUCCUCCCUCACAGUCACCUUUCUGACCGGAUGGCCUUUUCUACAAUUUCAGCUCCGGCGACCAAUCUCGUCGCCGCUCGCAAAUUCCCAAAGGUCCACCAACCCCACUCUCCCCCGGCCUCCGCCACCCACAACGCCGCCGGUUAUAACAGCAGCCGUGGAGGCCCUGUCAUCAUUAAUAGUAGUGAUCCCAAGUGGAGAGCCAAUGUAUCUUUAUUCCCAACGUUCUUUAAUUUUUACAAAACAAAAGACCCAAAAGCCAUUAAAGGAGAACUAUUUGAGGCACUUGCGCCCCUAGAUCGUGGUGCGGAGGCCUCUCCUGAAGACCAGGAUCAGAUUGAGCAGAUUGUUAGGAAGCUGGAAGCAGUCAAUCCUACAAAACAGCCUCUGAAGUCUCCUUUCUUAAAUGGAAAGUGGGAACUUUUGUAUACAACUUCACAAUCAAUACUCCAAACAAAUAGACCAAAGUUCUUAAGAUCAAGAACAAACUACCAAGGGAUCAACAUUGACACCCUUCGAGCACAAAAUAUGGAAUCGUGGCCCACCUUCAACCAGGUGUCAGCAGAUUUAACUCCAAUAAAUGCAAGAAAGGUGGCUGUAAAGUUUGAUUACUUCAAAAUUGUAGGGCUGAUACCAAUAAAAGCUCCUGAAACAGCUCGCGGGUCACUCGAUAUUACUUACUUGGAUGAAGAAAUGAGAGUAUCAAGAGGUGAUAAAGGCAACCUCUUCAUCCUGAAAAUGGUGGACCCCUCUUACCGAGUUCCUCUGAAAUAGCCACUAUGAAGAGUUCUUUCCUUUAUACGUGUGUAUCUGUGGACCCUAAUUAGGGUCAAACCCUAAUUAGGUUAGGCUAAAAGUGAUUAAUAUGGUUGAAGGUUGACCUGACAAAGAGGAUCAAAGUGGGACAUUUGGAUCUUUUAAUAAUGGUUAACUAAUUUGGG